AUGUGCUCCCAAAUCGUAGUGAAGCGCAAAUACUUUUUACUUAACUUUAACACCCUCGGCAAAUAUGGUUCCGAAUUACAGAAAUGCAUAGAAAAGUCUGAUCUUUACGGUAGGAUACAACUGAACCUCACAUUUAUGAAUGGAAUCGAUUCUGCUGAGCAAUUCCAUAUUGAAAUUUCUAAAACAGGUGGCAGAAAGUGCCUUUGCGUUCUCAAAGUCUCCGUAUUAAACGUGGAAGGGAAGGCUUUAAAUGAAGUUAGUGACAAUUUCAUUUUUAAGCAGGAAGGUGGUGAACAAACCAAAGUGUUUCCUUCGAUUAUCAAGACACUCCAAUGGUUUGAUUGUAAAAACCUGCUGUUAUCAAAAACGUUACAUUUAAAAUGCUAUCUGGCCUUAUCACUUGGGAGAGUUUUAGAUGAAUCUUCUAUUAUUAGCUAUUGUGAAAAUGCUAGACCUUUGAUGAAAGAAUCUGAAGAUCUUUCGUUGACUUUUAAAGAAAAAAAUGUACCUGGUUCUGCUACAGAGUUACAAGCUGAUUUGAAAAGCAUACUGGAUACUGGAACACUUUUCGAUGUGAGUCUUCAAAUUGAUACCGAGUUUAUUCAAGCCCAUAAGAUAAUUCUGAGUGCCAGAUCACCCGUCUUCAAUUCAGUGUUCACGAAACAUAGGAAAGAAAACAACAAUAUUGUCGUCAUUGAAGAUUUGGACGUGGACACCUUGCGUAAACUACUUCUAUAUAUGUACACAGAUACCAUAUUUGAUGACCAUUGGGAAAAUAUCAAAAAACUGUAUUUUGCUGCAAACAAGUAUGAAAUACCCAGCUUGAAAAAGAAAUGUGUUUCUAUCUUGAAAACUAACCUUUCUAUUUCCAAUGUGUGUGAAGCUGCAUGUCUGGCCGAUUUACAUCAAGAUGAUGACGUGAAGACAGCAACGAUAGAUUUCAUUUUCGAGCAUGAUUUCGAAGUUUUUGCUUCAGUGGCAUGGAUGGAAUUAGAGAGUAACAACUCUCCUUUAGCAUUUCGAAUCAUGCAUGAAAUACAUCGUAACAUAAGAAUGAGAUUUGCGUAA